AUGCCUCCUUCAUUCGGAUCAUCUCUGAAAGACCCCAGCCUCUUUGUUGAGAAGUCCUACGUCGAUGGACAAUGGGUCUCCUCGACUUCAAACAAAACCUUUAAUGUGUACAAUCCCGCAACAGAGGAGUUGAUUGGCAGUUGUCCUGAGUCCAACACAGAUGACCUGAACAAGGCCAUUGACGCAGCAGCCAAAGCGUUCCCAUUAUGGAAAUCACAAUCCGGCCGCCAGCGUGGCCGAAUCAUCAAGCGCAUCUUUGAGCUUCUCGUCGAGAACAAGGAAGAUCUCGGCAAGAUCAACACCGCCGAGAACGGCAAGGCCAAGGGUGAUGCCGAGGGCGAGUCUCUUUUUGCCGCCAGCUUCUUCGAGUGGUUUGGCGAGGAGGCUUCUCGGAUAUACGGAGACAUCAUCCCCCACAGCAACCCGACCUACAGAACCCGUGUUAUCAAAGAGCCGGUUGGCGUCUGUGGUCUGAUUGUACCGUGGAACUUCCCCCUUGCCAUGGGUGCCCGUAAGGUCGCCGCCGCACUCGCAGCUGGAUGCACCGUGGUAAUGAAAUCCGACGGCCUUACUCCCUUUUCGUCAAACGCCCUGGCAGUCUUGGCUGAGCGCGCUGGCGUACCUCCUGGUGUUCUCAACGUUGUCACCGCGCUGGAUAACACGCCCCAACUUGGACUCGCUCUUUGCGAGUCGGACACUAUCAAGAAGAUUUCCUUCACCGGCUCAACCAGAGUCGGCAAGCUAUUGAUGAAGCAGUCGAGCGACACGCUCAAGAAGUUGAGCUUGGAGUUGGGAGGCAAUGCCCCCUUCAUCGUAUUCGACGACGCCAAUCUUGAGGUUGCCAUUUCCAGCGUUCUUAUUUCUAAAUUCAAAGUCACUGGCCAGACCUGCGUGUGCGCGAACCGGAUAUUUGUCCAGGAGGGUAUCUACGACAAGUUUGCCCAAAGGCUAGUUGAAGAAGUUUCAAAGUUCAAGGUCGGCCAUGGUACCGACGGAUCAGUUACUCACGGUCCCUUGACAAACGGCGUUGGCAAGGUGGAGGAGCACAUCAAGGACGCCGUGAGCAAGAAGGCCAAGGUUCUCUACGGCGGAAAAUCACUUCCUUCCGUGGGUAAGAACUUUCACGAGCUUACAAUCCUGGGCGACGUCAACGACGAUAUGAAGGUGACACAGGAAGAGACCUUUGGGCCUCUUGCGGCGCUGACGAAGUUCUCGACUGAGGAGGAGGUUAUCAAGAGGGCCAACAACUCCGAUGUCGGACUGGCCUCCUACCUCAUCACAAACGACUUGGGCAGGUCUCAUCGCGUGUCUGAGCAGUUGGAGUUUGGUAUGGUUGCCAUCAACACUGGCGUUAUAUCUGAUGCGUCCGCACCAUUUGGUGGUGUCAAGCACUCUGGCAUGGGUCGUGAGGGAAGCAAGUACGGCGUAGACGACUAUUUGACGAUCAAGAUGAUUGUUACAGGAGGUAUUUCAACUCGUUUGUAG